AUGAGGGUUUACACCGGCGGCGGUACAAGUUGGGGUAGGGCGUUACUCUCAUCUCGCAAACCCCCGCCUCUUCCUCCUCCGUUUUCAUCUAUACCCCUGCUUGUGGCGGCGGCGGCGAUCGGAACCAACAUAUUUUCGCCGAUUAGGAUUCGUGGUUGGCUUCUACGGCCUUCGAUUCCAGCAGGCGAAGAAGCUGAUAUGGCCGGCCAACAAGGUCAGGGACACUUUUAUCAAAUUCUUCGAAGACAAAGGCCACGUUCACUGGAAAUCCAGCCCUGUUGUUCCCUCAAUGACCCUACCCUCCUCUUUGCCAACGCCGGUAUGAAUCAAUAUAAGCCUAUAUUCUUGGGCACAGUUGAUCCAAACACCCCCUUGAGCAAACUCACUCGUGCUUGCAACACCCAGAAGUGCAUCCGAGCUGGUGGCAAACACAAUGAUCUGGACGAUGUCGGCAAAGACACUUACCACCAUACUUUCUUCGAGAUGCUUGGUAAUUGGUCAUUUGGGGAUUACUUCAAAACAGAAGCCAUUGAAUGGGCUUGGGAGCUCCUCACCAAGGCAAGUCACCGCACCUUGUAA